CCUCGUUAUCUCGCUUUGGACAAUCUCAAUCCUUUUCUCGAGAGCCAUCACGAAGUAUUCAACCCCAUCUUGGUCGCCAUCGAUGAUGUUGACCCAUCGGUAUCCCGGUUGAAGUAUUACUUUCACACCCCGCGGACUAGUAGGUCCUCGGUCUGUGACAUAAUGACUUUGGGAGACCUCAUCAAUGGUCUCGACCGUAAUCCCGGUCAUCUGUUAGAUCUGAUGAGGGCAUUUACAGGACGCCGAGAUUCUCUGGCCAAUCAGCCCCGACCAUCUGCCAGAGAGAACUUCAGCGAGGCCCUUAAUGGCCUCUGUGACUAUAUCUACUAUUUUGACGUGGCUGGGGAGUUCCCCCGGGUCAAAUUUUAUGCGCCUCUUCGGAACUACGCACGAGACGACCUAAGGACUGCGAAGGCAAUCACUCACUGGAUGGCGGCUCAGGGCCGCAGCCAGUAUUGCUAG